CGCAGGACUUUGAGUCCGUUUGGUCAGGCUGUUGGUCAGGCUGUUGGUCAGUGGAGCCUCUCGCAGGUGUUUCAUUUUCAAUAAUAUUUCAACGAAUACUUUUUUACGAGUGUCGCAUCUCAGCAUCCUUCCUCGUUUCUCCUUCCCAGCGAGCCGGGGGGUGGGUGUGUGGGCGUGGCCUCGGUCAGGGGCGCACCGCGUGAUUGGUAGAGCCGGCCAGAGGGAGGGAGCGAAGAUCCACCAAUGAGGAGGAGCCUGCGCGGCAGUGGUUCAAUAUAGGAGCUGGAGGCGAGGAGCAUCUUUAUUAUAGAAGUCAUUUACGGGCGAAACGGAGGCAGGAGACCCGCAGGAGCCCAGGAGUUACUCCUUCUCGGUUUAUGUUUUUUUUGUAGGCGAACCUGGCGACACCUGCGGUCGACUUUUCAUUCAAAGUGUCUGCGUGUGGCAGGUUUUCUAACCCGAGGCGAGUUUCUUGUCAAGAGAAGCAAAACGGAGCCGAACGAGGACGACACACAACGACCCUCCCUCACUUCUGCAAUCAUGAUGUCGAUGAACAGCAAGCAGCCUUUCAGUAUGCACCCCAUCCUCCACGAGCCCAAAUACACUCCUCUGCACUCCAGCUCGGAGGCCAUCCGCAGGGCCUGUCUGCCCACACCGUCGCUGCAGGGCAACAUCUUCGCCGGCUUUGAUGAGACUUUGCUGCAGAGAGCCGAGGCUCUGGCCGCCGUGGACAUCGUGGCCCAGAAGAGCCAUCCGUUCAAACCAGACGCCACCUACCACACCAUGACCACCAUGACCAGCAUGACCUGCACCCCGACCUCCUCCUCCGCGCAUCUGCACCACCCAUCGGUGCUCACCUCCCACCACCACCCGGGGCACCACCAGCCGGCACAGGGCCUGGAGGGCGACCUUCUGGACCACCUCACACCGGGCAUCUCCCUAGGGGGCAUGCCCGGUUCGGACGUCUGCUCCACGGCCUCACACACUGCCCACGCCGCCCACAUGUCGGCCAUCAACCACAUGCAGCACCACCACCACUCACAGUCCAUGAACAUGCACCCGCACGGCCUGGGGUCCCACAGCGCCCUGGGGACCAGCGGCGACGCGGAGCCCGAUCCUCGGGAGCUGGAGUCGUUCGCCGAGAGGUUCAAACAAAGGCGGAUCAAACUCGGGGUGACCCAGGCGGACGUGGGCGCGGCCCUGGCCAACCUUAAGAUCCCCGGGGUCGGGUGUCUGAGUCAGAGUACCAUCUGUAGGUUCGAGUCCCUGACGCUGUCGCACAACAACAUGGUGGCCCUAAAGCCGAUCCUGGAGGCCUGGUUGGAGGAGGCGGAGCGGGUGCAGAGGGAGAAGAUGGCCAAGCCGGAGAUCUUCAACGGGGGCGACAAAAAGAGGAAACGAACGUCUAUCGCCGCCCCGGAGAAGCGCUCCCUGGAGGCUUAUUUCGCCGUGCAGCCGAGGCCCUCCUCGGAGAAGAUCGCCGCAAUCGCUGAGAAACUGGACCUGAAAAAGAACGUGGUCCGGGUUUGGUUUUGCAAUCAGAGGCAAAAGCAGAAACGAAUGAAGUUUUCUGCGACUCACUAAGACCAGCGUGUGGGGGGGAAACGUUUACAAAAGGACAAAUCAGAGACGAGCUGCUGCUGCUGCUGCACACUGUCAGAAAAACAAGGUACACCGUUGUGCCUGUUUGCCGCUGGACCUGUACGACACUCAGCCCCGUUUGAGCGCACUUAAAUUAAAUUACCUGCAUCGUUACGAGUAGGCCCAAACCAAUUUAAUCUGUGAUGGAGUCUUUCUCAAUCCGUGAUUUUUGCUUUCAAGAAAUGCCGAAAUGAGACUGCGCUGAAAUCCUCAGGCGCUGCGUCGCCCCGUAGGCUGAAUUCGUUAUUUAUUGAAGAAAACUCACAUUUCCUGACAGAGUAAGGACCAAAUAUCGUGUUAAGAGCCGUUACAGUGUUGUCCACCUUGCAAAGGAGCAGCAUCCACAGCCGUGUUUGUGCACCAGUGCCUGAGUUCCAGAUGUGGAAACGAGUUCACAGAAAGUAUUCAACACAGGCAGCAACUUCUGCUUUUUCUUUUUCUUUCUGACGCAAAGAAAAACUGGAGACUUGUAGGUGUAUUUUAGAGGUUUGGAUGCGGGACACCUGAUGAUUAUUCUCCACUCGGUAUGACCAGGAAGUGUUGUUUUGUUUUGUUUUGUUUUUUUUUAUUGUUUUUGGAAGGUUCAGCCUCACGCAAAAGGAUUCAGCGGUGUACCUUUCUUUUACUCUGACAGUGGAGACGGAGCACCGGGACUGGGGGAAAGGACUCAGACCCUGUCCGAAAAACCUGAGACGCUCAAAUCUUUCCGGCUCUCCGCAGAACACUCUCUGAGAUAACGGGAGGAAGUGAUCAGCAGAAAAAGAGGGGGGGACAACGCUCCGUCUCAUUCAUUCUUAUGGCAAUUAUUGUACAAAAAAAUAAGCAUAAUAUUGACGGGAACCGAGGAAUAAUUGAUAUUAUCCUCCUUAGUCGGAAUAGCCUUUUUAUAUUUAUCAUUGUACAUAUUUGUGAAUAUGUUGCACCUCCGUGUGUGGAAUAAGCUCAUAUUGAAUUUCCGCUGUCUUUUCUCUCCCAGGUGUUUGUUUCUGUAGGGAAGUAAUUGAUGAGGCACCGUAACUGCUGUAAUCCGCUGCAUGGUUGACUCGUACGGGGGGGCAGGAGUGUGUGUUUUCUGCGCGUUUAUGGCUCCAAAAAAAAAAAAAAUGAACAAAAAAAAUCAUGACAAAUAACGUCCACCCGCCCACCCCGACACACACACACACACACACACACCUCCCCAAGUGAAUGCAUCGCAAUAAGAAGAAACACACACACACACGCACGCACGGACACACACAUUCACACGGUAUAGCUGUGUGGCUACCUCAUUACGCAAGUGUUGGCACGUUCAUGGUGAUUUAAAACACACACACACACACACACACACACACACACACACACACACUCACGCUAAAAAUCGACGAGUAGGCUCAUUUCUUUGGUUUGUUUUUUAAUGUUUUUGUUUUUUCUUUGUGUUCCUCUUCCACCGGUUUAAUGGUGAAUUAGGCCUAGAAGACUCACUGAUGUGUAAACCUGUUGUAUGUUCAAGUUCACUGCAAUGACGCUUUGACAAUCAGAUUAUUAUUAUCAUUAUCAUUAUUAUUAUUAUUGUUGAAUUUUUAAUCUCCCCCUCUUGUGUCCAAAUGAAAUAGAAUCAUUUUGAAUUAUUAUUAUUAUUAUUGUUAUUAUUAUUAUUAUUAUUAUUAUUCCUCUCACUGACACCUUUGUGGAGCGCACUUUGUAGAUAUUCUGAUGAAGGGAAACAGUCGGCCUUAUUUAUAAAUAUUUUUUCAACACAUAAAAAUUUUGUUUGUUAUUUUCUUCACGUCGCCCUUAAUUUAUUCGAACUUAAUUUAUUUUGGAGGAGAAAAAAAAUUACAUAUUUCAUUUGUGAAAGUGUGCUUUAAAUGUGUCUGUGUAAGCGACAGAAGCUGAAAUAAACCGUGCACGUUUUACUUCAC